AUGGUCAACGCCGCUGCUGACGCCAAGAAGAACGAAGGAAAUGAAGCUUUUAAGAAUCACGACUAUUCGACUGCUGUAGCGAAAUACACUGAGGCGAUUAAGCUCGAUCCGUUGAAUCACGUUUAUUACUCAAACCGCAGUGCUGCUAAUGCUGGUUGGGGUAAAUAUCAACAGGCUGCAGAUGAUGCCGCUGAGUGUAUCCGUAUAAAUCCUCAAUUUGUUAAAGGUUACCACCGUCAUGGUGUAGCACUUAAGGGAUUGAACAAGUAUGAUGAAGCUCUGGCUACUUUACGUGCGGGUCAGCGCAUCGACUUUAAUAAUGCUGAUUUGAGCCGUCUCGUGAAGGAAAUUGAGCCAUUGCAAGCGCAUGCUGAACAGGCCAGACGCUCAGGUAUGAGCUCGGCUGAGCUGUUGAAGGAGCGCGGUAACGAUGCAUUCAAGAGUGCUGCGUUUGAGAAAGCCAUUAAACUGUACGGCGAGGCUAUUGAAGCGUGCAGCGAUAAGCCCGGGUCAGAUUUGUCGUUGUCGUGCUACAACAACCGUGCGGCUUGCAACCAGCAGCUCAGCAACUUCUCGGCUGUCAUUCGUGACUGCUCCUACGUGCUGGAGUAUGAUGAAAAGAACCAAAAGGCUCUUCUACGACGUGCUCUGGCCUACGAAGGUCUGGAGCGUUACCGUCUUGCGUUGCAAGAUAUCCGUGCGCUGCUUGCUAUCAAUCCAUCCAUUGAUAUUGCUAACAAGGCCCAGCACCGACUCAGCAACUAUGUGCGCCAGCUGAAGCAGAACAACUGA